AUGCCGGUUAGCAUACUCAGUGAAAGCAAAAAGUUGGCUUCCCAAGCUGCCGCCAGCUUAGUACAGAGCGUUCUGAAAGAGCGGGAUAAGGUUGUUGUCAGAACUGGAGGCAACAGCAGAGAGAAAACGCAUGGGCUUGUGGAAGAAAUCGCCCAAUCGGCGGCAGCAGGGAUUGGCACCAUCUCUGAGGCCUUACAUCACAGAAAGGAGAAGAAAUCCGGAGCACUGAUUUCAGUCAAGUCCUCAACUCAGCCAAGCAGUGUGAACAACACGGAAUCUGGACCGACACAGCUUGGCGAAGGGACAAGAAAAGCGCAUGCCAUUGGCCAUGGAGUAUCAGGGUCCAUGUCAACUUCGCGACCUGCUAAGGACACAGAAGGUCUCGCCUUCGCCUUCAUCAAGCGACACCCUUUGACAGUUCCUGGAAGUUCUGAGGGCAGGCAGAGGCUCGCACUGCCAGUGCUUGUACCACAGAGACGGCCCGAGAAGCGAGCUCGGGGGUUCAUCCGGGCCUACGCACCAAUGUUAGUCAACGUCGGCAUUGAUCAAGACAUAUUCCUCGACUUCAUUGAUACGUUCAACAAGUCAUUGGAGCCCAGCCCAUGGAUCAGCGCUGUUAAUCUGGCGGGGUUCGCAGGAGAAGCGCUGCCCGAUCCCGCAUCGCUGCUCUUCGGAUUUGCCGUCGAAAUUGCUACAGAGGCCGUCAUGGAGGGACAAAGUCUAUUCUGCUCUAACAGAUUCUUGGACUGUAUUAAUGCAGAGUUCUUCAUCCCGCGAGGACUGAUCUGCCUUGUCGUCACAUGGCAGCCUGACAAAGACCGCGGUCAACUCGCAACCAACAUUUCAGAGGAAAUAGAUGUGUCUGCAACCAAGCUCGACUUACUUCAGGGGUUAUCAGACGUCGCCGCAGGGAAAAUGAAGUCUUCAGAGGGGCUGCAAGAGAUUAAGACACAGAUGGGCGGCUUGAUGAAGCCCACACGUGGCGAUUUCAGCUGGCCCGAGCCAGCGCCGCUCAUCUUUCCGAACUUCAAACGCAACACCGAGAAAGCUGAUGUUGGAGUCAAAGACAAGAACGCCUGGGACAGAAUGGAAAAUUGGAUCAACGACCACUCGGACAAGCGCGCCCAAGCCAGCUGGAUCAACGAGAACAAAGAUCGGCCAGCGAUUAGCUUGAUGCCAGAGCAUAAGUUCAAGUCGCGAUACGCUGAUCCAAAUCACCAAGCAUCUAGCGGUGAUCUUGUGUCUUUGGUUACAGCAGGUCGUUGGAGACUUGCUUCAGAUGAAAAAGCAGAAUCCAGCAAACAGCUAAAGAAGGCGGCUAAUGAGGUCUGUAUUAAAGAAAAGGAGGAUAAGAAGAGGAAGAAGAAGGACCAAAAGAAGAAUACGAAGGAAGACCAAGAGAGAAACAUUCUAGAAGCAGAGCAAGAGAAGAAGGUCGAUGGCGAGACAAGAGCGACAGCAGACUAUCGGCAGAGGAACUUGGAGACCAUUGAUAUGAGUAUGGGAAGUCAUCUUGAAGAAGAGGGCGGCGCAAAUGAGACUGAGAAAGUUGAUGAAGCGAAGAUGAAAGACAAACAUAUGAAUAACGAGGUUGGAGAUGGCCAGGCAAGUGGUGGCGGGGCCAAAAGGCGCGUCAGGAAGGCGAAGAAGCAAGCUGGUUCUUCAAGCAAGUCUAGAGAUGUCUUCAAGGGUCUGUUCCAAAAGGCGAGCGCGACACCCCAGCACAAAUUGAGCCAUCAUGCUAAUUUGAGAGAAAGGACGUACUCUACAUGGCCAUACUUGAAGUGCCACCCCAGAAGAGAUCGACUGAAGACUUGCUCUGUUAGCCUUGGCAGGGAGUUUUGA